AUGCCCUCUGGAAGAAAGAAGCCAUCCAAGAAGAAAUCUUCGACGCGUCGCCUUGGCAAAGCCUCCACUUUGCCGGGUGCCCUGUGGGGUGCCUGGUUGGACCACGUCCUCCGGACUGGUCCGACUUGGUUGUGGGUGGCCUUGGUCUUAAGUCAUUGUCUUUGUCUUCGCAUAUCUGAGGUUCUGCGGCUCCGCAGACGCGACUUCCGCUGGGAACAGAAUCAGGUCUAUGUGGGGCCAUUGAAACAACAACCCGGAGUUCGGAAGAGCAUGCUUACAGCACUAGUUCCAGUGUUGAGAAACCUUCGUGAUCAUGGAAAAAGCCGUCGCCGCAAGCAGCACAAGGGCGCGCGGGGAACCGUGGCCUUUGCCGACAACUGGGCAUGGCCCAAAGAUGAUGCUGGAUUUCUCUUUCCAUCCACAAGAAGUGACUCAGCAGAGCUUCAUCGAGUCAAAGACAGUGCAUGUAAAGCGGUUAGCAGGGCCCGGCAGAGCUUCAAACCAUCUAAGAAAGACUUUGUGCAGGUUGAGCAGAUACGGACACAUUCCGGCAGGCAUCGCAUGAUAAACGACUUGAAGCAGGCCGAGGUCCCCCAAGAAAUUGCCAUGAAAUUUGCACGCAUAAGUGAUGUUCGCACAUUUAUAGGCUACGGUGAGCUCACAGAUGAACAGGCUGGAAAAAACUUGCAGGACAACAAAACACUUCAGAAGCGACUUGUCGCCGUGUAUAGCAACAAGCGCAAGAGCAGCGUGAAAACACCCAAGUCGAAGAAGAAGUAA